GUAAUGCGCAGACGGUCACAUAGGGCGCUCGUGUGUGUUUAACUAGUUUUAUAAUAUAGUGUGACCGCAAAAGUCUGUGUGAGUGCUGUGCCACAAAUACAAAAAAAUGGCGUCUGAACAAGACGAAAACGUUGUGAUAGAAAAUUCAGGUCGCCGCACACGCUCUGGUCGACCGGUGGCUGUUCCAAUAGCUGCAACACCAACUCGUACCACUCGACGCACUUCAAAGAGGCAAGCGCAGUUGAGUGAUCACGAGGAGGAGAACGAAAUCGUAUUGCCACCAACGUUAGCACAGCCGGCAGACGACGAAGAACCAACCAUGGAGAACAAUGCUGAAGCGCAACAUUACGAGCAGCAGCUGGAUGACGAUGUGGAAAUGCUAGCUACCAUAGAAACAACAACGGGUGGCGUGGACGAAAAGAGCUCCUCGUUUCCCUUUGGCGCCGUUGCCGAACAACACUCGGAGACCAGUGAUGACAUUAAAGAGAGUCGCACCGAAGAUGGAGUUGAUACUUCGCUUUUAGCUUCGUUAGCUGGCGAUAAUGCCAAUAGUUUGCCUUCAGUGGCCGGCAAUGAUGAAGCUGACAUCAAUAAAAAAUCGGACUUUGAAUCGAAUGUAUCGGCGAUGGAAAGUAAACUCAAUUCUUCCGAGGAUUCUAGCUCACAUCAUGCUAUUGCCGAGAGUUUGGGCGAUGAUUUGGACGCCAGCAAUGCAACAAUUGUGAAUACGGAAAUCAUUUCGGAAGACGAGCUACCACCACCGAGCAAACCGGAGAUUAACGAUGCCGAAGAGGUAUCCGAUGAGGAAUUGCCAGCGCCACAACGCGCUGAAUUGCCGGCAGAUGCUGAGGUGAUAUCCGAAGACGAGUUGCCCACCCACAACAAUAAUAAUAAUGGUGCCGAGCCAAAGGUUGGCAGCAAGCGCAAGGCAGAUAAAGACGAGGAUUCGUCCCAGUCCAAAAUAGAUGAAGAUGAUGGGGAGCAAAGCAGUGAGCAGCAAACGAGCACAAAAAGCAAGGCAACAGAACAAUAUAAUCCCAGUAGUCCGACCUCAGAGAGCAACGAUGCGCCUCCUUCCGAGAAGCGAGCAAAAAUCGAUGAAGCAGAUGGCGAACAGAAAGACAAGGAAAAGGACAACAAAAAGGAGAAAGAGCGGGACAAAGACAAAGAGAAAGAAAAGGAUAAGGAAAAGGAUAACAAGGAGAAGGAGCGCAAAAAGUUGCCCGAUCUGGACAAAUACUGGCGCGUCGUCAAAGACGAUGCCUCUGACUUUACUGGCUGGACAUAUUUACUGCAAUACGUGGACAGUGAGUCCGAUGCAGAGGCGGCACGCGAGGCUUACGACACAUUCCUGUCGCAUUAUCCCUACUGUUAUGGCUAUUGGCGCAAAUAUGCGGACUAUGAGAAACGCAAGGGCAUCAAGGCCAACUGCUAUAAGGUGUUUGAGCGCGGACUAGAAGCAAUACCGCUAUCGGUGGAUCUGUGGAUACAUUAUUUGAUGCACAUCAAGGCGCAUCAUGGGGAUGAUGAGCAAUUCAUUCGCAGCCAAUACGAACGUGCUGUGCAGGCCUGUGGGCUGGAGUUUCGUUCCGACAAACUUUGGGAUGCCUACAUACGCUGGGAGAACGAAUCGAAGCGCUAUCAACGCGUUGUUCAGAUCUACGAUCGGUUGCUCUCGAUUCCCACCCAAGGCUACAAUGGCCACUUUGACAAUUUCCAGGACUUGAUCAAUCAGCACACAGUCACUGCGACCAUUUCCAACGAGGAGUUGCUACGUCUGCGCAAGGAGUGGCAUGAACGUCAGCAUAGCAAGGCAUCGAAAUCAUCGUCGAAAAGCCGUCGGGACAGCGGCAGCUCAAAGGAAGCCAAAGGUGAACGCGAACGUGAUCGCGAUCGUGACGAGUCAAAGCAAAAGGAUGGUGACAGCAAGUCACCUAAAGAAGCGUCGGAAGCACACACCGACGAGUCAUCGAAUGUUACCGAUCUAACCAGUGAAUCUUCGUCACCAGCAUCCUCGAAGUUGCCACCACCAACUGAUUUCAGUGAUCUCAGCACGCUUACCGACGAGGAGAUAGGCGGCAUUAAAGAACGAGUCAUCUCAGCGCGUCGCAAAGUGCACAAGUCAACAGUUAGCGCAGUCACAGCACGCUGGUCCUUCGAGGAGGGCAUCAAGCGUCCCUAUUUCCAUGUGAAACCAUUGGAGCGUGCCCAGCUUAAGAACUGGAAGGAUUACCUCGACUUUGAGAUUGAAAAGGGCGAUCGGGAACGCAUUCUGGUGCUGUUUGAACGUUGCCUAAUUGCCUGCGCCUUAUACGAUGAGUUCUGGCUGAAGAUGCUGCGCUAUCUGGAGUCCUUGAGUGAUCAAAGUCCAGAAGUGUUGCAAAUAACACGCGAAGUCUAUCGUCGUGCCUGUUGCAUUCAUCACACAGACAAGCCCAGCUUGCAUUUAAUGUGGGCCGCCUUCGAGGAGUUGCAACGCAACUUCGAUGGUGCCGCUGAAGUGUUGGAGCGCAUUGAGCAACGUUGUCCGCAUCUCUUGCAAAUCGCCUAUCGUCGCAUCAAUGUCGAACGACGUCGCGGUGCCUUGGACAAGUGCCGUGAGCUCUACAAACACUAUAUUGACAACAGCAAGAACAAAGCCAUCGCUGGCAGUUUAUCGAUCAAAUAUGCACGUUUCCUUAAUAAGAUCUGCAACGAUCUAGAGGCAGGUCUGGCUGCGUUGCAACAAGCACUCGAACGUGAUCCGGCCAACACUCGUGUGGCACUGCAAAUGAUUGAUUUAUGCUUGCAGCGGCCACAAGUCGUGGAGACCGAAGUGGUGCAGAUCAUGGAUAAGUUCAUGGCGCGCGCUGACAUUGAACCUGACCAGAAGGUGCUUUUUGCCCAACGCAAAGUCGAGUUUCUCGAGGACUUUGGCAGCACAGCCAAGGGACUUCAGGAUGCGCAGCGUGCGCUGCAGCAGGCGCUCAACAAAGCCAACGAGGCGCAGAAGAAGGGCGAUGGCAGUCCAUCAAGAAAGGCGUCAACAAACAGCAAGGAUGGCGCUGCCGCCUCUGCUGGCUCCGCAGCAACUACGGCUUACAACAAUGGAGGCACAGCAGCUGCCAAUGCCAGCUACAACUACAAUUCGGCCAACUCGAGUGCCUACUACAGUCAGCAAAGCGCUAGCGGUGCCUAUGCACCCCAGCAACAACAACAACAACAGCAGCAACAGCAAUCCUACGACUCGUACUAUAAUCAAUGGGGUGGCUAUGGAUCGCAAGGUGGUGCAGCCAGCACUGGAGGUGCCAACUAUAACUAUGGACAGUGGAGCGGUUAUGGUAACUAUUAUUAG